AUGGAUUCCUUUUUGUUGAAAACGCCUGAAGAUAGGGAAACAACGUCAUAUUUGGAACCCAACUUCUCUUCUAACUCUGCUCAAGAUAAUUUAAAUUGCUUGACUUCAACAUCUACAGCUGACCAUCACAGUCAUCCAGACCCUAAUGAAAAUCCAAGUACUCAAAACAAUGAGAGUGUAAAGAUUGAAGUGGACCAUCUUGAAAAUCUAAGUACCCAAGAUCACGAACACGAAACGAGUAAUAGUAGUACGGAGAAUUCAUCUUCUGCAGAUAACAAUGAGAACGAAAAUUCACUAAUGGGACCAGAUAAUAAUACAUUUCAAUAUAAUAUAGAAAAUUCAGAAGACGUUGAAGAUAUAAAAUAUUUUACAACACCCGUCGAAAUACCUAGUGCAUCUCCAGAAUUCCGAACAAUAAAAAGACCGUCCAUUUCUAACUACGCACACCCAUCUUAUGAUACACUGGACGUUGAAAAAAGAGCUAAAUUAGAGAAUAGAGACGAUGAUUUGGAUUGUUUUGGUAAAUAUGUGACGUCGUCGUUGCGAACUUUAAAUACCAAAAAUUGUAUACUUGCCCAAGAUGAAAUACAAAGUGUUUUAUCGAGAUAUAAAAUACGAAAUUUAUACAAGCGUCGAAAUUCUACGCAUCGUAAGGAGUCAUGUUCUUCUGAUAGUGAUGGACAG